AUGGCGGACGAUGGUCCUGAGAUCGAUGUGCCAACCUUUUACCGUCGCUUACGGCGGCUACGACAAGCUUGGAAGGAUCCCAGUGUCGAUAUCGACCUCACUAGCACCGAUGCUGUGCUCCUGGUCGCUGGCGGAUCUGACGAAGCGAAUCCGUAUCGCAAGACAACGUCAAUGCAGACCUGGCUGCUCGGCUACGAAUUUCCCUCGACCCUAAUUUUGUUCGAACCUGAUAAGAUCACUAUCCUCGGCUCCAGCACAAAGAUCAAGAUCCUUAAUCCUAUUAAGACUUUGCCGGACGAAACAGAUGCAGAUGACCGCGUCGAGAUCGAAUUGCUAGCUAGGUCAAAGGACGAAAGCCACAAUGCGUCGCUCUGGCAGAAGAUCACCGACGCCAUUGCCAAAAAACGCGUCGGUCAAGUACCGAAAGAUGUCCAUACCGGCAAAUUCGUAGACGAAUGGGAACGAUCGCUAAAGUCAGCUGAUACGAGCCAUACCGUGGUCGAUGUCGCGAAUACUCUCGCGUCCAUUUACUCCGUCAAGGAAGAAGACGAACUCACAAAUGAGCGCAUCGCCGCCAAAAUGAGCAGUCAUCUCAUGGUCAAAUUUGCAGACGAAAUGACGAGCAUCAUCGACCAAGAGCAGAAAGUCUCGCACGAAAAACUUGCCAGCCGCAUAGAGGCUAUGCUCGAAGACCAAAAAGCUUGGAAGAAAUUCGAUAUCGGCCCUGAUGCUCAGAUUGACUAUACGCUGGCCGAUUGGUGCUUCACGCCUAUCAUCCAAUCAGGCGGCUCAUACGAUCUCAAGGCUUCGGCUCAGUCAGAUGAAGAGAGACUUAGAGCGGGCGUCAUACUAUGCUCGCUUGGCGUGAGAUACAAGUCAUACUGCUCCAACGUUUCGCGCACCUUUAUGAUCGACCCCGCCAAGGCGCAAGAGGAAGCUUAUGUCACUCUCCUUGACUUGCAAAAGACUGUCAUGGCAGAGCUGAAGCCUGGCGCGACGACUAAAGAUGUGUACCUCGCCGCACAAGCGCUCGUAAAAGAGCGAUUGCCUGACAUUGCGCCUCACUUUGUCAAGAAUAUUGGCUUCGCGACUGGACUCGAGUUCAGGGAGGGUUCAUACGUGCUUGGGCCAAAAGGAAACAAAGUGCUCAAAGAAGGCAUGACGUUCAACCUUGCGCUCGGCUUUGCGGACAUUCCAGAUCCUAAAGACUUGAAGAGAACGUAUGCCCUCUUACUAUCGGACACAGUACAUAUUGGCAAAGACGGCGCGAGUGCAAUCUCAGAUGGCAUGAAGUCAAAAGCCGAGAUCUGUCUUUAUUUCAGCGCAGAGGAUACGCCGAAGAUGAAGUCAAAGCAACCCACAAACGGCAAGGCCGAGACUCCCAGCAAGCGCGGUGUAGUGAAGACUCGCACGCGAAACGAAGGACGCGAAGUAGAUGAUACCUCGCUGAGGCUGCGUGAGCAACAUCAAGCCGAGCUCGCCGCCAAGCGACAGCAAGAAGGCCUCGAACGUUUCAGGGGCGACAGAGGUCCAGAACUACUUCAAGAAAAGAAAUGGAAACGUUUCGACUCAUAUCCUCGCGAGCAUCUACUCCCAGAUGCAAUUGCCAGCCAGAACAUCCACGUCGACUACAGACGGCAUACUGUCAUUCUCCCGAUAAAUGGCUAUGCGGUUCCCUUCCAUGUCAACACGCUCAAGAGUACGAUCAAGCAGGAAGAGGGCGAGUGGACUCAUCUGCGCUUUCUCUUCGUCACACCGGGCCAGAUCACUGGCAAGAAGGAAGACACCCCCUUCGAGGAUGUCGGCGCAAACUUCAUUCGAGGCGUAACAUAUCGAAGCAUGGACGGCACUCGAUUUGCAGAGCUACACAAAGAAGUGACUGAGCUCAAGAAGGCAGCCGUCAAGCGCGAGAACGAAAAGAAAGAGAUGGCAGAUCUUGUUGAUUUGGAAGACCUCAUCCCAGAGAAGCGCCCGCAGAAGCUCCCGGAUGUGUGGCUCCGGCCGCCAUUCGAAGGCAAGCGGUCUACGGGUACCGUCGAGCUACACCAGAAUGGCAUCCGCUGGUCAUCAGAUGCGCGCUCCGAUCAGAAGCUGGACAUUCCCUUCAACAACAUCAAGCAUCUCUUCUUCCAGCCUUGCGACCACGAGCUCAUUGUGCUGGUUCACUGUCAUCUCAAGUCGCCCAUCUUGGUGGGUAAGAAGAAGACGCGCGACGUACAAUUUUACAGGGAAGCGUCCGAUGCAGCGUUCGAAGAGACUGGUAACCGGAAGCGGAGGCGCAUGGCGGGUGAUGAGGACGAAAUCGAGAACGAGCAAGAGGAGCGCAGGAUCCGCGCAAGACUUAAUCGCGAAUUCAAGCAAUACGCUGAUAAGAUUGCCGAAGCCUCUAACGGCAGGAUCGAUGUCGAUGGCGCAUUCCGUGAGCUCAGCUUCAGCGGCGUGCCAUUCAAGAGCAAUGUCCUGCUCCAGCCGACAACAGACUGUCUCGUUCACCUGACAGACUCGCCUUUCCUGGUUGUCACGCUCGCCGAUGUCGAGGUAGCUCAUCUUGAGCGUGUUCAGUUCGGUCUCAAAAACUUCGAUCUCGUCUUUGUCCUGCGCGACUUCUCGAAGCCGCCCAUACACAUCAACACAAUUCCGAUGCAGCAGCUAGAGGCCGUUAAGAGCUGGCUCGACUCUGUCGACAUCGCAUACAGCGAAGGUCCGGUCAAUCUCAGCUGGCCACAGGUCAUGCGCAGCGUUACCGAAGAUCCAUACGAGUUCUUCAAGGAAGGCGGUUGGAGCUUCCUCGGAGGCGGCGAAGCAUCAGAGACAGAGAGUGGCACAGACUCCGAAGACGGUAGUGCGUUCGAGGCAAGCGACCUGGAGAGCAGCGACGAUCCCGAUAGUGGCAGCGCGUUCUCUGAAGACUCGUCUGCUGGUGAAGAGACGCCGAGCGGCAGCGAUAUUGGCAGCGAAGAUGAGAGCGACGAGGGAUCAGUCGAGUCUAGACCGAAGGGCAACGCUCGAGCAGCAGCCAGUAUGGCAGAGAGGACCAACAGGAAGGCUUCGGCCUUGCUCGUGGUCCACUCUGAGAUCGUAGCGGUGACGUCGGCGAUGCGAAGGAACCGGCGAUGGUCGAGCUUAUCGUCUGCAGCUAUAUCUGCCUAUGGCGCAGGCGGCUACAGCAACGCCCUUGAUCCAAGCUCGACCGACACACCUGCAUCUCUGAGUGCGAGCCAGUCAUACAAUGGUCAAGCUCCGCCUUCAGAUAUGCUCGCAGCGAGUCUCGGCCUGCGACGGUCAGGCAAAGCGAGCAUCACAGGCGAGGAAAGCAUCAAUCUGCCUCGCUAUCACCAAGUCAAGCGGCAGCAAGAAGGCGCAACGGCCAUCGCGCUCAUCUCGGGCUUCUCAGACCUUCGUCGUCAUCUGCGGGAUCUCCGGGACGAGCACGAGAUCCAAAGCAUUGAUGCACUCUCCUUGCUGCAUCCCUUUCUCGAAGUCAUACGCUCGGGCGACACCUCGGGACCCAUCACUGCCAUCGCACUGGGCUCGGUAGACCGCUUCAUCGGUCUGGGCCUCAUACAUCUGGACAGCCCCAGUAUAGCCCUGGCAAUGGCCAACGUGUCCAGUGCAGGCACGCACUGCAAAUUCGAAGCCUCCGACUCUGUCAGCGACGAGAUUGUCCUCAUGCGCAUCCUUGAUGUCCUCAAGAAUACUCUCACUAGUCCGCUGGGGCAAGUGCUGACGGAUGAAGCCGUUUGUGAGAUGAUGGAGACGGGCUUGUCAAUGUGCUGCCAAAUGCGCCUAAGUGAAAUGCUUCGGAGGACAGCGGAGAAGACGAUGCAGGCACUUGUGGCUUCCGUCUUCAGCAAACUCCAAUCCUUGCCCACCGAAGCCGAUAACGCGUUCAUAGACGAUUCUGCAAAACCCCAACGUCCAGCUUCUGUCAGUAUGCCGAGCGACUACCAGCCCGCACCUACACAGGACGGUACAGCAAGCCCAUCACAGGCAAGCAACGCCGCUCCUACGCUUCAGCCAUACGGCCUGGCAUCCAUUCGCGAGCUACUGCGCGUGCUUGUCUCGCUGCUCAAUCCUCAUGAUCAGCAGCAUACCGAUAGUAUGCGUCUCAUGGCCUUGGGCAUCCUCAAUACCGCUUUCGAGGUGGGCGGCAAGGACGUCGGUAGAUUCUUGAGCAUGCGUUCUAUGGUCUCAGAUGCACUCUGCAAGCAUCUCUUCGUGCUAGCAAGAUCAGAAAACACGAGCAUACUGUCCGCGAGCUUGCGCGUCAUCUCAGUCGUGUUCGACACUAUGGCCGAGUAUCUCAAGCCUCAAUGGGAGCUCUUCCUCUCCUUCACGCUCGACAAGCUUGUCGAACCAACCGGCAAGCUGGCUGUCCGUAAGCUCGAGCUCGAGCUGGAGCUUGAUGCAGCGACUUGGGGUAGUGCGACAGCAGUCAGUCCUUCGCCAUCUCUUGGACGAGAGCGAGCAGCCUCGCCUGCGCCCACCUUGCGUCCCAAAGAUUCAGGGAGCUCAAGCCAGAUGACAGAGUCAAAAGAGCUACUGCUCGAGUACAUAGGCUUUCUCACACGCACGCCGGACUUUUUGCAAAGCCUAUGGGUCAACUACGAUUGCAACAUCGACUGCGAAGAUCUGUACGAGCGCCUCGUACGCUUCAUCUGUCGCGGCGUUUUCCCGACCCACGCUGGCGUGACAAACACACAAGAUGGCUCGCAAAUGCUUUGCCUCGACACAGUCUUGACUUUUGUGCAUCUCAUGGCUACCAGACUCGAGCAUGAAGCCGUCGCAAGCGAACAAGUCCCUGCCAAUGAUGUGCUUGGCGAUGCGAAAGAGCGAAAACGUAUCCUGCUGGCAGGUGCAAGCCGCUUCAACGAAAAGCCUAAGCUCGGUCUAGCCUUUCUAGAGAAGGAAGGCAUCAUCUACAAUGAUCCGCAGCAGACGCGACCCCAGUCACUGGCUCUCUUCUUUAAAUCUUGCCCGCGUCUCGACAAGAAGCUCCUUGGCGACUUCAUCUCGCGUCCCGACAAUGUCGAAGUCCUGAAGUGUUUCAUGGAGCUUUUCGACUUCAAAGACAGGAUUAUAUCGGAUGCGAUGCGCGACUUGCUUGAGACAUUCCGCUUACCGGGCGAGGCACAACAGAUUGCUCGGAUCACAGAGACGUUCGCGGAGGUCUACUUUGCUGCGCAGCCGCCGAACGUCAAAUCACAAGAUGCAGCCUACAUUCUCGCCUAUUCCGUCAUCAUGCUCAACACUGACUUGUACAAUCCCCAAAAUAGGAAGCGAAUGACGAUAGACGAGUACAGACGCAACCUUCGCGGCGUCAAUGACAACAGCGAUUUCGACCCCGAGUACCUGAAGUCCAUCUACGAGAGCAUACGCAAGCGCGAGAUCGUGAUGCCAGAGGAGCACCUCGGUCAACUCGGAUUCGAGUAUGCAUGGAAAGAGCUUAUGUCUCGCGCGCAAAGCUCUAGCAAUUUCGUCAGAUGCUCGACGUCGCUUUACGACGGGGCACUGUUCAGGCUCGCGUGGAAGCCAAUCCUCUCGGCGCUCGCUCAUGCGUUCACGACCUAUCGCGACGAGUACUUCACUGAGCGAACGAUCGCAGCCUUUCGGCAAUGCGCUCUGCUCGCCAGCCGGUAUGAGGUCCCAGAAGUAUUCGAUUUCCUCAUCACCACGCUUGCAAAGGUGUCACAGCUGGGUAGCGCCAUUGAUCCAGGCGAUCCCGCAGCGCUGCCAAAGGCCGAGGUCGAAGGCUAUACGAUUACUAUCAGUCCGCAAUCGGUCAACUUCGGCGGCGAUUUCAAGGCCCAACUUGCCUCUGUCGUACUUUUCAAUAUAGCCAACAGCCAGCUACAUGCGCUACAAGGAGCAUGGGUAGAGAUCUUUGAGAUUUUCGAGACACUUUUCACGAAUUCGCUUAUGCCCACAGCGUUGACGAGCAGAGGCGACUUCUUGGCCGAUGUCGGUGUCAUACCGAUGCGCGUCUUGCCCCGCGUGUUGCCCGCGGAAGAUCGCAGAGCAGACUCAGGUCUGCUUUCGACGCUGUCGUCUUACUUGAUGUCGCCCUACAACGCUGUACCUGACGGCUUCAAUCGCGAUGUCAAUGCGGAUGAUAUCGAGAAGACUCUAUGCACAAUCGACUGCAUAGCUUCGUGCCGACUAGAUGAGCUUUACGGUCUGCUACUGGCGUUGCCGCUUCCAAGUUUGCAGCAUGCGGCGCGAGGCCUGUUGACCUUACUCGAGCGCGAGACUCUCGAGAGACUACGUGCAUCUGCCACCCCCGAUCUCAACUCCUCUACCUCGACUACAGAACCAUCACAGCCACGACCUCUUCCGUACAGUCCAGCAUCGGUGUUCCUCCUGGAAUUACUGGUCAGUCUAGUUGCAGAGGCGCCAGCUGUGUCUGCGGAGCUGUGGCCGCCGAUUUCCGACUUUUUCGCCCAGAUGCUGGCGGUGACCGAUCGUCUUAGUCCUCAAUUCACUGAACGGCUACUAGCGAGCAUGCUGCGUCUGUCCAGUGCUAUGGCGAGCCGCAUCAACUCACCUGUGCAGCUCUACACUGUUCUGGCUGCGCUCAAGAGCGUUCCGGUCAAGACGCUCGUUGCGUCAGACGAGCGUCUCGCCCUGGGCUUGCAGCGCGUCCUUUCCGAGAAUCACGAUGCUUUACAAAAUGCUGAAGAUUGGGAAUCUGUAUUCUAUCUGUGGCGACUGACCGUUCUGCGCGAAGAAGCUGCAAAAGUAUCGUUCUCACUUGCUCAGGAUUUUGCCAAUGGCCGAAUCGGCGUUGGCAUCACAGCCGACAAUGUCAUUGGCUUCAUCAGCGUGCUUACCGCUUUCGCAAAUGCGUCAAACAAGAUUGAGCAGCAGCGGGAAGAUUCACAAGCCGCUGAGCGUAGCGUGCAAGCCGUCGAGCUCGUCCGCUCGAUGCAAUCACACGUCGACAAGUUUUUGCAGCAGUCCAAGUUGCCUGCCGUGGAAGCAUUAGAGAUAUACUGGCUGCCUGUUUUGUCGGCGUUUGCUCAGCAGAGCUGUAACGCUGUCCGCGAAGUCCGACAAGUCGCUUUGGGCUAUCUUCAGCGAUCGCUAGUCGCCAAUGACACACUCACGAAUCCAGCAAUCGAUUUGGCGGUUGUUUUCGAGCGUCUCAUUUUCCCUAUGCUCGAUGAUCUGCUCAAGCCGCAAGUGUUCCGACGCGAUCCUAUCGGUAUGGGCGAGACACGUCUGCGCGCAUGCGCGUUACUUUGCAAGAUCUUUUUGCAUUAUCUCAUGCAGCUGUCUGAGCGGAAGGGCGUCGAAGGCGUCACCGAGCUCUGGGUGCGCAUCAUUGGCUACCUUGACCGCUUCAUGCACAGCGGCAGACGGGAUCAAAUGUACGAAGCGGUGCCAGAAUCGCUCAAGAACGUGCUGCUCGUCAUGCAUGCUUCUGGUCUGCUGGUGACCCCGCAAGAGAACCCAACAGAAGCUCAAGUUGCGCUGUGGAAUUCGACCUUUAGCCGAAUUGAUACCUUCUUGCCGACGCUCAAGACAGACCUAUUCCCAGCUGCUCGUUCAGAGAGGCCUACAGCUGCAUCUCGUUAUCUCGCCACUGCCCCGCAGGGACAGGCUACAAGCCCGCGACUAUCCAUCGAUGUAGCCGGCUCGCCCGAGGCAUCGCGAGGAGAGCCAGAGGCGCCCGAGCUGCCGAACGGCGCUCUGCCAAAUGGCAACGAAUCUGUCGUCGAUUCUGCGUCCCUGUUGUAG